AUCUGGAGAGCGAAGGAGACAAUAUCUUGACUUGAAAUGUGGUAAUCUGAUGGUUCAGAAAAUGACAAGAAUUGAAACUACUCUUACAACCCCCCGCAGGAAAGAAAUUGAUAUUCAAAACGGUCAAUCCAAAGGAAUGUGACAAGAUUUGUGAAUUAAUGUUUUAUUGAACAAGAUUAUGGAGCCAAUAUUGAAUGAAAAUGGCGACUUGUAGUUAUGAGCCAUCACCGCCAAUCGUGAAGGAUCGAUUAUGACAGCUAGAAAAGUGACUCUUGAAAGAUUUGUCGUAAAAUUCAGAUUUUCAAAAACUAGACCAGACGAAAUGGAUUUGGAUGAGGGUGAUGUCGUCUUGGUUGCUGCCAAAUUUAACGAUGGAUGGUACAAAGGUAUACGGUUGAGAGGAUACAAGGUUGGUUGUUUUCCUGAAGAUGUCGUAGAAAAAGAUACGGCUGAAAGCGAAAGCUGCAACGGGCUAGAUUUAAAUGAUGAAAUAGGAAAAAGUAAUUUAUUAGACAUGAGUUUAACGGACAUCUCAACAACAUCUGACAUGACGGAGACCUCUAAAGAGUUGAACGAGGAAUUAAAGAGGACUAGAGCUGCCCAGGAAAUUUUGUCGACAGAAAUUUCAUAUUGUAAUGGCCUGGAUUCAUUGGUGAAGAAUUUUAUACAUCCAAUGAAAUUAUAUGGUGUUUUGUCUGUGGAAGAAAUCGAUAUUAUUUUCUCCAACAUUGAAUCUUUAGCUGGCAUCAGUAAAGAAAUGGUUGCUAAGCUAGAAAAACGUAUGAGCGAAUGGAACGUUGAAACGACAAUCAUCGGUGAUAUUUUUGUUGAAAUGUUUUCUUAUUUGAAAAUGUUCAAACCGUAUUUUGAUUCACGAUCAGCUGCAAAUCAGCUCCGAAUUCGUUACGAAAAGACCAACGAAAAAUUCAAAAAUUUCCUGUCAAAAGCUAAUUGUGCUCAUUCAUUGGACUCACUUCUCUUAAUGCCAAUACAGCGUGUACCUAGAUAUGAACUUCUUCUUAAAGAGCUGGUGAAAAGAACUUCUAAAGAUCACCCUGACUUUGAAUAUUUAUCUGAAGCAUUAGCAAAAGCUCAAGAGACAGCCACAGACUUGAACGAACACAUUCGGCAAAUUGAAAACGAAGCAAAAAUCUUCGACAUUAUAAAAAUGUUUCCUAACGAUGAAUUGGAUUUAAUAAUCAGCAACAACAGCAACGACAAUAACAACAGCCCGAAGUUAAAAACCUCGAUUAAGUCAAAAUCAACUUUAGAGAUUCCAAACAUGGGAAGAAGUAGAACUGUCUCUUUGACGGAUCUUGGUAAAUUGGCAAGUGGAAACAGCUUGCAUCAUGCCCCCUCCGAUCCCGCAUUACACCAUCUAAAUCACAAACAUCGUGAUAGUUCAACUCAUAUCUUUAAGACGAGGAUGUUCAUUCACGAGGGACCCGUACAGAAAGUUGUGUUAAGAAAUGUGAAUUUGAGUCAAACUGCUGAGCUACCUCAGGAAUACUCGGAAAGAUAUUUGAUUUUGUUUUCUGAUGUCGUCUUUGUUGCUGUGUCAUCAGGAAACGUUUUAACCGGAAAUAAAUUCAAAUUAAAAGAAAGAAGUCAUCUAUCAAAGUGUUGGAUAAUGAGCGCUGAAAAAUUACUACACAGACAAGUUCCACCCGAAGCCUUCGUGCUUGGCACACCCAAACGAACAUAUAUAUUUAUUGCACCCGCCAUUAAAGAAAAGAAAACUUGGGAGAAAUUGUUACACGAACGAAUUGCCGUAGAAAAAGCGAGAUUUCUUGAGUUGUGGAGAGCAAGACCUGUUCCCAAUGAGAUUUUUUUGAAAACAAUCGUCAAGUCUAAAGUUGAAUAUCGAGCAAUGAAUGUUAAUGAGUUGGAUCUUUGCGUCAAUGAAGAAGUUAGUGUUAUUGGUUUUCGUAAAAUGGUGUAUGGAUACCUGGGCUCUAUGAUCCCGAAAGUGCGCCUUCAGACUGCACUAACGAUUGGUUGCCGGGGGUGAAUAGUUUGGGUAAAUUUGGCUGGUUUCCCGCUGAAUGUGUUAAUGGCAACUUUAAUGACAGCAAAGAGAAGUCCGUCGAUCAGUUUUCUCCUCUGUCCGUCGCCACAGCGCUUCAAAUCAAACGAAAAAUGAUGGAACUGACUUGCUCAAAAAUACCUGUAAAAUCUUCCCACUCGAUAAAAAUUCACAAAACUGAUGGAACAUUCAGGACGUGUAAACUAAAACAAGAUACAACGACAAGCGAUAUAAUAAAUGAUCUUCACAAGCACAAUCGACAUACUGGCUUGGAUGUUGAAAAAGAUCGCAUUGAAUUGUGGGAAGAAUCAAUUGAUGGCUCUGUUAAACGAAAACACAAAGAGGAUGAGAAUAUUAUGGCAAUUCUUUCAUUCUGGGGAGAAUAUGCUG